GCUAGAUGCUCUACGACAACUUGCUCCUCCCUGUACUUCUACGUCUUUAGGUUAUCAAGGUUCUCACGCGCGUAGCAUCUCGCCAUGCCUACCCUCCGAGACAUGAUUCGGGGCCGCGUUGGCUCGCCACUGACGUACCACAGAAUGCUUCUCUAUGGCGUAUUGUCUACUGCGGCUGUUUCAGUGACCAUCGCAAACGCCCUCCAGAGUCAUAGCAACUUCUACUCUUUGGCAAUAUACCUGUCUAAAAGUAAUAGAAGCGUUCUGAUUCUUGCCAACUUUGGAGUGCUUGUCGCUUUGCUAUGUGGGCAGGUCUUUCAGCGGAUAUUCUUUGGGGAACUGAGAGCUCAAGAGGUUGAGCGCCUGUAUGAUCGACUCUGGAUCUUUGUCACCGAGUCCCUGCUCGCAUUCACGAUAUUCAGAGAUGACUUCGACAUCCCCUUCGCUAUGAUGUUCGGUUUCCUGCUAUUCGUCAAGUCAUUCCAUUGGCUCGCUUCUGACCGCAUUGAAUGGAUGGACCAGCGCCCAUAUCCUGGACCGCCCGCUCUCUUUCAUCUACGAAUGGUGUCUCUUCUUGGUAUCCUUUCUUUGACAGAUGUUGUCAUGUUUGCGUUUGCUGCGGAGAGUACGACCAGAAAUGGGGUCGGAGGAAUGAUGAUGUUUGGGAGCGAGUAUGCUAUUCUUAUGGCAAGCGCCAUGAACACGACUGCGAAAUAUCUUGUUUGUGUCAAUGAUCUCCGGCGUGCACGGCAACGAGGCGGAGAGAAUGCUCCUCCUUGGCAGAAUAAGAGCAUGUGGCUAUUCUACAUUGAGCUUGCAACAGACUUCUUCAAACUGACCACGUACCUGAUCUUCUUCAUGGUCAUCGUCGCAUUCUACGGGCUUCCCCUCAACAUCAUCCGAGAUGUGUAUCUAACUGGUCGCUCCUUCAUCACACGACUACGAGCGCUUUUCCGGUAUCGGGCCGCGACUCGUAACAUGGAUCAGCGCUACCCUAACGCUACCCAAGAGGAGAUGUCUGCCAUGUCGGAUCGAACGUGCAUCAUUUGCCGUGAGGAAAUGAACGUUCAGCCCGACAAUGCCGACAGCGGAAAUGCAAACCAAGGUCAGGAUGGACCUAACAUGACCCCCAAGCGCCUCCCGUGUGGUCAUGUCUUCCAUUUCUAUUGCCUACGUUCUUGGUUGGAACGUCAACAAAGCUGUCCAACAUGUCGCCGAAGCGUUCUGGAGACGCCCGGCCAGCCCCAACCUCAGCCGAAUGGCAGAGCACCCCCACCUCAGCCUGGCGCUGCCCCUCGUGCACCCAACUUAGUUGGCGGGCAGGGCGGCGCGGGUGGUGCUCCACUCAAUAAUCCCUUUGGUGGUUUGCUCGGCCAUCUUGUUGGUAAUGGCGCCCAACCGCCCAUUGUUCCUGGCCAGUUCGCCAAUGCGCCACUUCCGCCUAACCUACUCAACAACCUUCCCAACCAAGCGCAGAAUGCAGGUCAGCAAGCAUGGCCAGGACAGACGCCCGGCGUAUUGGUCCAGUACAACAUUUACCGGCAAGGAGACGAAGGCGUGCCUCGACCCUCCGCCCAACGGGCGGAUCCUACCACUCCGGCCCCCCGUUUCAUGGGCUUCUUUGGUCCCGGAGGAAACUGGCAUCAGUGGAACAUGGAUCAACGCUGGUUUGAAGGACGUCAGAACGGUGCUGCGCCUCAACCAACUUCCACUAACACGUCUGCAUCAUCAAUCCCGGAAUCGGAAUCGUCAACAAGUACAACGGCACCUCCGGCCGAGUCUCCGCUUAUACAAGAGAGUCGGAUUGCGGAUGAAACGGAGUCGUCAACUCCGCCCUCACGGCCCGAAACUCCUCGUGAAGCAGCUGCCCAGGCAGCAUUGAGACGUUUUGGUGGAGGCUCUGGCACCCAGCGGCCUGCGCAACCUACGCAUAUAUCGUUCUCAGAUACGAGCGCCGGUAACAUACCUCGGCCCACCCCAACCGUCAAAAACGGGAGCACACCGUCAGUACCAGCCUCCGAACGUUGGGACAUCCCCUCGUUGAUUCCUCUGGACGAUAUCUCGGCCGACCAAGGCUCAUUCGGAGCAAGUACCUCACCACCGCAAGGUCAUGCCGCGACAUUCCCAUCACCGUCAAGCUCGCAAGUACCUCUCACUCAACUUCCCUCCGUCAUAUCAGACGCCCAGCUCGCUACGAUGGACCGGGUGACACGUGAGGCAGUCGAUGAGCGUUUGCGCGUUUUGGAGAACAUCUCUAUCACUGUCAACCGCUGCAUGGAUGACCUCAUGCGACUGAGGAGUGCAAUGCCGCCACCUCUGAGUCCUGACCUGGGACAAAAUGCACAACCGUCUGUUCCGCCAGCACCUCAGCCUUACAGGGCGGAAGGGGAGAGUAGUUCAAAUUCAACUUCAAGGACGUCUUCCAGGGAAGAAGUACCGUCCUCGGAAUCGUACUAGAUUGUAGAUUGUUCAUUAAAUAGCCAUAGCC